AUGCCUGACCCCUUUCUGAUUGAGGCUGCCUCAGCUGUUCCAUUGAGCUCCUCAACAUCAUCCCAUCUGCUCCUGACGCACUGCCACCUUCUACGCGAUACUCGCAAGUCGUUGAAUGUGAGACAGCAAAGAGAAUAUUGUGGAGCUUGUGGUAGCAUUAGAAAAGCCGAGUGGACCAAAGUGACUGAGAUCAAACCGAAACCAAGGAAACAUUUAGCUACAGCUGCUGCUAAGGGUGCCACUGUAUACAAGUGCCUACGCUGUCAGCGGCGCACAGUGCUACCACCAAAACAGCCUCUUGCCCCUCAGUCUUCUGCGGCGAAGCUUGCAGCCUCAUCCGCUUCAGAGACAACUGCACGGGCGGCGAAAGACACAACGCGAGUCUCAGCCGAUUCCAAGCCAGGUGAUAACCAGAACAGCAAGAAGAGAGCUAAAGCGCGCAAGCAGGGUGGUCUUCAGGCUCUUCUUGCUUCCAAGCAGCAAGCACAGCCCUCCCUUGACCUGCUGGACUUUCUGCAGUAG